AAGCUUGUGACUGAGAAAGUCUCUCCGAGAACAACAGGACUGUCAGCCAAUAGGAUUGCGGGGUGGGCGGAGCGUUUGAGGAUAAGAGGUCAACUGGCGGAAGGUUCGGCAGAGACCCUGAGGCUGCAGACAGAAUGGUUCCUCCGUGGUCACUCCUGCUGUUGGUUGCCUCGGCCGCUGCUCUACAAUGCCCUGAUGGGACCACGUGUGGUGAGAAAACUCUGUGCUGUGAGCUGCCCGAUGGGAAAGGCUAUGGGUGCUGUCCAGAGAAUGAGGUCAUGUCUCAUUCCCUCCCAAUGAUUACUUCUGGGGUUUUCUGCUCUGCGGACAAGGGUUGUCCUGAGGAAUAUUCCUGUGUUGGCACCCCACAGGGAGGAUCUGCCUGCUGUCCUUUUACCCAGGGAACAUCUUGCCAGGAUGGACAUCACUGCUGUCCCUCAGGCAGCCAUUGCUCUGAAGAUGGUCAUUCUUGUUUCCCAGCUUCAAACAUAUCUGCCAUAAUCUGCCCUGAUGGAAGCUCGGAGUGUCCAAAUGAUGCAACCUGUUGUCAGAUGGCCGACCAAAGCUGGGGCUGCUGUCCUUUCCCGCAGGCAACAUGCUGUAAUGACCACCUCCACUGCUGCCCACAUGCCUCUGUGUGUGACUUGGAACAUGGCAAAUGUGUCUCUGAGAAUGGCGAGGUUCCUCUUUCUAAGAAGGUUCCAGCAAGGGUGAAGCUGUUCCGUGCCAGUGAGUACGAAAUUGUCCAAAAAGUCACUUGUCCUGACAGAUCCUCUUGUCCUGAUGGAACUACCUGCUGUCCAACUGUUGACAAAAGUUAUGGGUGCUGCCCCUUCUUGUCCGCGGUCUGCUGUGAUGACUUCACCCACUGCUGUCCUUCUGGGACCACCUGUGAUGUCUCUCAUAAGAAGUGUGUGAAUGCCAACUUUGAGAUUCCAAUGUACAGCAAGAUCCCAGCUUUAUAUGAGGAAGCCGAUGUUAAAUGUGACGAUACAGCCUCCUGCCCUGGCACUGCCACCUGCUGCCGUUUGCCCUCUGGAGAGUGGGGUUGUUGUCCCUAUGAAAAGGCUGUGUGCUGUGACGACCAUGAGCACUGCUGUCCCAAUGGAUUCACCUGUGUAGAGGGCUCAUGUCAGCAGGAGGCGCUCUCUGUCCCUUGGUCUAAGAAGAUUCCAGCUGUAAAGCAGAAGACCACAGUGAAAUGUGACGAUACAGCCUCCUGCCCUGGCACUGCCACCUGCUGCCGCUUGCCCUCUGGAGAAUGGGGAUGUUGUCCCUAUGAAAAGGCUGUGUGCUGUGACGACCAUGAGCACUGCUGUCCCAAUGGAUUCACCUGUGUUGAGGGCGAUUGUCAGCAGGAGGCUCUCUCUGUCCCUUGGUCUAAGAAGAUUCCAGCUUUAAAGCAGAAGAGUAAUGUCCAAUGUGAUGAUGAAGUUUCUUGCCCUGAUAAGAAUACCUGCUGCCGACUUCCAUCUGGAGAAUGGGGUUGCUGCCCUCAUGAGCAGGCCACCUGUUGCCCCAGUGGGUUGACAUGUGAUGGACAGACUACCUGUGUGUUAGGUCAGUUCUCAACCCCAAGGUCCAGCAAAAGCAAUGCACAGGCCCCUGAGGUCAAGUGUGAUGAGUCUCACAGCUGUGCCCAGGGUACCACGUGCUGCCAUACAGAGGGUGGAGGCUGGGCUUGCUGCCCCCUGGAGGAGGCUGUGUGUUGUACCGACCACCUUCACUGUUGUCCUUCUGGCUACACCUGUGAUGUGGAAGCUGGCAGUUGCAAUAAACCAUCUGGUGCUCUCAAAAAGGCUACCCCAGUCCAACCACUGGGCUACGUAUGGUGUGACUCAUCUCAUGCCUGCUAUGAUGGUCAGACUUGUUGUCUAGGGAUUGGAGGAAUCUGGACAUGUUGCCCUUAUACUCAAGGUGUGUGCUGUCCUGAUAGAGUGCACUGCUGUCCUUAUGGCCAUGUGUGUCUGAACCAAGGAGCACAGUGUAGUCGUAGUGGAAGUCUGCAAUGGAAUCUGGCAUGGGAAGAGCUGAAGCCUCGUCUGUGAGAAACCAGAUGUGUUAAUCCUCUGUAUCAUUGCACAAAGUCAUAUAAUCAACUGUGGAGGACACUGGAAUAAAUUUUCUAUUUAAACCCUA